CACCCGCGGAGAGCCGCCCUCGGGACGCGCGGCCACCUCCGCCACAGCCGCACCGUACUCGAUCAUGCUCUGGUGCUGCCGCAGCGCCACCAGCCGCGGCGAGACGCUCACACCCACCAGCGACUGCGAAGACCACACGUCCGGGGGCUUCGCAGCCGGCCGGCUUUUCGCCGCGGCCGUCGGCUCCACCGGCGUCGCCGAAAUCGUCUCGUACACGCUGUCCGAAGUUAGGGAGGCCGACGAAGCCGACGACAUCCCUUCCGCUCUUCCGCUCGCCGCCGCCGGCGCUCCUCGUCCUCCCGCCGCUGCAGGCGCAUUCC